CGCUCUAAACAACUCGCAAUCACAGAAUUUGGUAAGAAAACUGAAAAAAUAAUACAGGAAACUCUCAUUUUGCUGGAGAGAGUGUUUAGGAGCCCAAAGAAGCAACCAAUAUUUAAUAUUGGAACCUGGAUACACAGGAUCAUUACAUUAAGUCUUCAAUACCCAUACACUGCCAUCACGAGUAUAUGCACUGCAUUUAGAAAACUUUGACAUGGCAAAUUUAAAAGGGAAUCUGUCUUUAUUUUUGUGCAUUGCAUUUGUAAUUGUAAUUGGGAAUGGACAAAGAGUGUUACCAUCUCACGGUAAAUGUGAGCCGAUUUCGAUUCCAUUAUGCAAGGACUUGCCUUAUAACUGGACUAUUGUGCCAAAUCUUUUAAACCAUCAAAAACAAGAAGAAGCCGGACUAGAGGUUCAUCAGUUCUUUCCCUUCGUGAAAGCCCAGUGCAGCCCUCAGCUGAAGUUUUUCAUGUGUACUGUGUAUGCGCCCGUGUGUACUGUUUUGGAGGAAGCAAUUCCUCCGUGUCGCUCUCUGUGUAAUAAAGCGAGAAAUGGAUGCGAAAUGUUAAUGAGUAAAUUUGGAAAUGGGUGGCCAGCAGGUUUAAAAUGCGAAAAAUUUCCCGAAUCUGGAGUGUGUGUGGGAGAACCUACGGAGUCUACUCCCUAUCCCAAAGAACGAGAAAAUGGACAGCAAAAUACAAAUAACAUUCCUGAAACGGGGGGAAAAAAACGGAUAAGAGGAAUUAUCAUUACAGACGAAAGAAACAAAGAUGAAGGAGACCAGGGCACAGUCACUUACAACAUUUCUAAGCAGACACAGGAUAACGGGAAUGUAGUCACCGUAGCGGUUGAAAACUCUACAUCUAGAACAGUAACUAAAACGACGACUUACAUGGAGCCAAGCGUGUCCAAAAAUGUAACAAAUAUGGGUCAGCGUAAGAAGAUUCGACCCAAGGAUUUAAGACGAAUGGAGUACGCCGUCUUGGUACAGCAAGAACGGAAAUUACGAGAGGAAACGACUUUUUUCAUGUUCAUGAACGAAAUGCUACGUCGGAUGAAAAUGCCUAUCCGAGAACUAGCUAAAAACAUAACAAGUAUCAUCGAUCAUUGAGCAAUUCUUAUAUACCUCUUUUCUACUUUUGUUAUACAUACUGUUGUGAUGUUUAACAAAUAAGUGCAGUAAUUGUAUAAAAAUCUGAGCAUACGGACUCUCUCUCUCUCUCUCUCUCUCUCUCUCUCUCAUUGUUAUUAAAAGCAAAACAUCAAAUUGUGUUUCUGAUAUUUAAUUUUAUAAAUAUAGCUACAUCUGUUAAAUGCUCUGCUUUAUGAAAUUUUACAAUGUUAUGUGGCUAGUUUUCGAUAUAUAUAUUAAAUAAACAUACAGAAUAUCAAUUUAACUUAACAUUUCCAUCUACAGCAAAUGGAGGUUCUAAAAAUAAUGCAGUUUAAUAUAUUUCCCAAUGUUCUUUGGGUCCGUUGAACUACCCUUGGAUACACCAAUCGAAGUCCACGUUCUGUUCGUCAUCUACAACUGGCUCUCAGAAUAUGACUGCCAGUUUUGCAUGCUUCUGAAAGUACACUUAGGAUACAUAGAUUCAACUGAUACGUGAACAAAUUAGAUCAUUUUGGGGAAAAUAAAGAAACCUGUUCACUAGUUCAUUACCUAUAUUCUUGUCAGCCUCGUUCCUCCGGCUUUUUCGGUGUAAUCCGGAUUUCAGCAUUGAGUACGUAAAAUCGUCUCUUCAACCAACCAAAGGCACGUUAAAAAAUCAACCUGGUCCCGAAAUGGACCGAUUUAGCCGAGUUAAACCGUUCAUAGGCUAACACCAAGAACAACCCUUCGUUUUUUGAGAGGACUUUCUCCUCAAUUGUUUGGAGAAUGACAAUUAUGAAAUGGUAUUUCUUAGUGAACUUAAAUCAAUAAAAAAUAAUGGAUCAUCCGGUAGUAUAUACAUGUAUAGCUGCAGAUUAAAAAAAUAUUCUGAAAUUACAUUAAAAUCUAUUGUAAGGGCCAUUAUUAGCAUAUUUCAAAGGAAAGAGCUUACAAUUUUUCAAGGACUUUUGAUAAUCUCAUGUUUUACGAAAGGUGUCAAAGCAAGACAAUUUUUAAAAAUAGCUUCCAAUCACUUAUUAAUAUUAAUCUAAGAAGAUAACAUAUGGAUGUUUUAGUUUAAGAAUGGAAAAUUAAAGUCUUAGAAUAAAAAAAUAUAUAGAUUUACAUACUUUCAGAUUUACACUAUGGGUUUAUUAAGGGCAAAUAUAAUGAAUAUAAUGGAGAAAAUACUUACGUUAUCUAUGCUCUGAAUUUUUGUACAGAAUUAUAUAAUAUCCAUGGUCUGUGAUAGUCCUCAUAUAAUUCGAAAGACGCUCCACGUCUUAGAUAUUUAUAUAUUAUGUUUAGGGUAUUUAGUUUUGGCUAACAUUCUGUAUAGUGGAUUACGAUUUCAAAUGUAAAUUUCAAAGCAUGCACAUGGCAUGUGAUUUCAAUCAGCACAAAAUGAUAUAAAAGGGGAUGUAGACAGAGGCAUCAUGCCUUUCCUUAUCUAUUAUUAUGUGUGCAGAAAUCCUUUCAAUUCGUCAAAAGCAAAACAGAAAUAUGAGAGGCAUAAUGAUAAAUAAUACAGAACAUAAAAUAUCAUAAUGUGAUGAUGAUGCUGUAUUAAUACCUAAUGAAUGGAAUGGUUUAUUUAGAUCUUUGUUUGAAGAUUACAAACCAUAAAUUUUUAUUGUAGAUUUUAUAUAGGUUUUAUGAUUCAUACCAUUAUGACAAAAUGUGUGGAUUGGUUAGAAAAUAUUUUUGAUCAUGUUUUCAACCAUACUAGUUAGAAUUUGGAUUAGGAGUUAACAAUAAAAAUUUGCUAGGAAUUUAUUUUUUUAACUUGAUGAAAUUGUUGGGAUAAACUUUGGCCUCCAAAUCUGUUUCUGCACUUAUUGAACAAGAAACAUUCCUUGAUCGUGUUACUAUUAUUAAAUCUUUGCUGAAUUA